CAGGCUUCAGCAGUGCUGCAACCAGCCAACCUGACGUACACACAACAGCAGAAACACAGUCGCUGGAUUUUAUAGUGUGGCUCUCUCCAUGGCAUAGGCUGCAUUUUGGUUAAAAGUGGUACACCUGAAAUCGGAAAGCUCGUUGAUAUUACGCACGAACAGAUGUAGGAACUGCGCGAGGUCGACUAGGUGCUUGAAACAAACCGCGGUGUUUCGGAUUGCAUAGCAAGGAAUUUUAGGAAUUUAAAAUACCGAAACGCAGCCUUCAGAAGUGCAAUGUUUGUGAUGGUAUAGCUAUGAUUUUAAAGCACUGCUGGGUUCUAAACAGCACUAUGAUUAAUAUCGUGCGUUAUGUUAAUUAUAUGUCUGGGUUCAAAUAACAAGGGUGGCUACACCAUAAGCUCGAGAACUAAACACAAUUGGAAUUCUCUCUUAACUGACUGCGCUAACAUUACAUCAACCCAUUAUAAAAUGGCACAUUUACAUAGCUAGCUAGAAGCAAGCUAGCUGUUCGUCUUGAUGCAUUUUGCAACGACGCACUAAUACGGAGAGUAUCGUCUGCCUGUUUUUCCCUGCCGCGGUCUCUGAGCUGCUCCGACAAUUGUGCCGAUAAUACUCCUAUAAUAUAAUCAUAUAGUAACAGCAUUUGAAGGAUCGUGAAGAUGGCGACUGGAACGAAUUGGCAGCAGUACUACAGCCCUGCCGGUAAUUCAUCCACCGGAUCAGGAAAAUAUAUUUCUGCCACAACAUCGACAAUGUCUUACCAAUCAGGCAUAACCCUGGAAUAUACCCAAGAUCUGCACCUAAAAAUGAGCAAGAAAAUUGCACAGCUUACAAAGGUGAUCUACGCCCUGAACACAAAGAACGACGAGCAUGAGGCGGCCAUCCAGACCCUGAAGGAGGCGCACGAGGAGGAGGUGCAGCAGAUCCUGUCGGAGACGCGGGAGAAGAUCAUGCAGUACAAGAGCAAGAUCAGCGACGAGAUGGACCUGAAGCGCCGCAUCCAGUCGCUGGAGGAGUCCAUGGAGCUGCACGAACGGAUGAAGCGGCAGGCGCUGGCCGAGUUCGAGACGUACCGCCAGCGCGUGGAGGACAUGCAGCUCUGCACCGAGGCCCAGCACACGCAGCGCGUGGUCACCAUGUCGCGCGAGGUGGAGGAGAUGCGUCGCGGCUUCGAGGAACGCCUGCGGUCCUUUGGACAGGUCCAGACCCAGUACGAGCAGGAGAAGCGGCAGGCCCUGGAGGAGCUCCGGGCCGCCCACCGCCAGGAGAUCCAGGAGCUGCUCCGCAGCCACCAGAGCCAGAACGCCAACUACAGCAAGGACCAGGAGAAGCUGGGCCAGCUGCACAAGGCCGAGGUGGAGUCCCUGACGGAGCGGGUGGAGGAGCUGAAGCAGGACAAGAAGCGGCUGGUGGAGGAGUACGAGGCCAAGUUGAGCAAGGCGCAGGGCUACUACGAGCGCGAGCUGGAGGCCAUGAAGCGCACGCAGCAGCUCACCGCCGAGAACCUGCUGGCCUGGAAGAAGACCGAGGCGGAGCUGAGGAAGGAGUUCCAGGCCCAGGAGGCCGCCCUGCAGAAGACCCUGGGCAAGCUGAGGACUGAGCUCCAGCGGGUGCAGGAGGAAGCACGGGAGACCCGCGAUAAGUCCUUCAGACUGCAGAGCGCACUCACCACUGCAGAGGGCAACAUCAAGGAGCUGCACAAGCAGCUGGAGGAGACUACGCAGGACGGCGAGAUCAUGGAGAUUCGCCAGAAGGAGACGGAGUGUGAGCUGGAGGCCACCCGGGACCGAGUGCAGCAGCAGGCCACCGAGAUCCUCCUGAAAGCAAGCCACAUCGGCAGCCUGCAGGCCACGCAGAUGACCCACGAGGCGGCCAUCCGGGACCUGGAGUCGGAGAAGGCCCGGCUGAAGGACAAGGUCCUGAGGCUGGAGGAGGAGAGGGGCUCCCUGCAGAACAAGAGCCAGGCCCUGGACGAGCGACAGCGCCAGCAGAUCCUCUCACUGGAGAAGACCCUUCGAGAGGAGAAGCAGGCGUACGAGAAGGAGAUUAUGAACUUGCGUGCCAAAUACCAGGAGGACGCGUCCCAUUUCAAAGAGGCUCAGACUCGGGCAUUGGAGGACCUGUCCAAAAAACACCGCACAACCCUGGAGAGUGCACAGAUCACUGCAGAGCGGGAGAAGAACCGGCUACUGGUUGAGAUGGAGCAGCGGUUUGAGAAUGAGCGCCUCUCAUUGGAGGAGCAGAAGAAUCGCCUCGGGCAACAGCUUGACAACCUGAGGGAGGAGCUCACCACCAAGCUGGACACAGCCAAUCAGGAGGUGACCCGACUGCAGGAGCUGGUGAAGGAGGGGGAGCAGGGCCUGGGUUCAGCUGAAGGUCACAUCUCCAACCUGAAGGAGGCCCAGGAGAACCUGCUGGUGGAGCUGGACGUCACACGCUCCAGGCUGAGAGAGACCAGCAGCCUUCUCACCGCCCUGCAGGGCGAGAUGGAGAGCCAGAAGCAGCAGCAUGAGGCCAAGCUCAUCACCACCAGAGAGGAGGAGAAGCUCAAGAUGGACAAGAUGGCUCUGGAGCUGGAGCUCAAGUGGACUGAGACCCUGAGGCAGGAGUGCAAGAAGCUUCGAGAGGAGCUUCGGGAGGGUCACGAGGAGGACAAGCGGGCUGCCCUGCUGCAGCUGGCCCAGAUGAAGGAGCAUGAGCUGGGCACUGCCCGGGAGGGCUGGCAGAGGAAGGUGGAGGACCUCCUGGAGCAGAUCUCGCUGCUGAAGCAGAGCCUGGAGAUGCAGCUGUCCCAGUCACAGAGCUCCCUGCAGCAGCUGCAGGCCCAGUUCAACCAGGAGCGCGAGCACCUGAGCCAGCAGCUGCAGGAGCUGCAGAUGGAGCACCAGCGCAGGGAGCACAGCCUGCAGGAGGCGCACUGCUGCGCCAUGCAGGACCUGGAGGAGGCGCGCCUGCACAACCUCAAGGAGCUGGAGGAGCGUCUCAGGCAGCAGCACCACAUGGAGCUACAGACUCUGAGGGAGGCCCACAGGCACAACAUGGAGCUGCUCAAACAGCAGUCAGAGCAGGAGCUGCAGACCCUGCGCUUUGAGCUGGAGGACGAGGGCAAGGCCAUGCUGGCGUCCCUGCGCUCAGAGCUGAACCACCUCCACGCUUCGGCCAUCGAGCACCUGCGCCAGACGCAUCAGCAAGAGACCGCCGCCGCCAAGCUGGAGCUGGAGAGUGCCCUGGAGCACAGCCGAGAGCAGGAGAGGGAGCUGCUUGGCCGGAUCUCAGACCUGCAGGAGGAGGUGAGCCGCAGGAAAAAGCACAUCGCAGACCUGGACCACGAGAUCCACACCCUGAACGAGAGCAUCAGCACCCUCACCAAGGAGCUGGAGCUCAAGGGCAAGGAGGUGCUGAAGAUCCGCAGCGAGGCCAACCAGCAGAUCAGGGCCCACGAGCAGGACCUGUCGAAGAAGCACGAGAGGGAUAUGACGGAUAUGAACGCAGCACACAACCGGGAGGCUCAGAACAUGCUGUCCGACUUCAACAAGGCCCAGGAGCUGCUGAAGGACAAGAUCUCCGCACUGCAGAUCCUGUUGGAGGGGACGGAGGACAAGUUCCGAAACAGGGAGAGCCGGCCCGAGGACUUGCAGAUGAUCGCCGAGCUGAAGGAUAUGGUGUCGGAGCGCGAGACCCUGGUCAAAAAGCUGGUGGAUGACAAAAAGUUUUAUCAGCUGGAGCUGGUGAACAGAGAGACUAAUUUCAACAAAGUGUUCAAUGCGAGUCCCAAUGUCGGUGUAAUUAACCCUCUCAUCAAGCAAAAGAGAAAGAAUGACAAAUCAGCAAACAGAUUCAGCAGUUCUCCAAAUCUCAGGGCUCUGGAGGCCUUGGGGACAGGGAGCGGGCCGCCUCAGCCUAGCCGUCUAGAACCCAUCCCAAACUCCCCCAUUCACCACCAUGAGCUCAACACUAGCAAACCUCUGCCCCCACCGACCCCUCCCACCGAACCCAAGAAAUUCAUGAGCCCUCCUGAAGCGGAAGAGUCACCCGUAGCCUCCCCGGACCCCCAGAGACAGGAGUGGUUCGCCCAGUACUUCACCUUCUGACUUUUUCCAACUAAAGAGCAUGUCGACCAAAAAAAAAAAAAAAAAAAAAAACGUACAAAGAAAUUUAAAACAGCAUUGUAUUUAAUAAUACACCAUUACAUUCUGUUUAUUACUUCACUGUGAAUGGGGUUCUUGUUUGUACAGUGACAAUAAGUAUGUUUGACAUUUUCUUUUAUGCAGUUUAUAAAGAGUGGUGCGUAUGCUGCUAAUUAUUAUUUGUUAAAUACAGUAUUACAGUAUUGUCCUUUCUCUGUACCUUAAUUUUAGAAUGGCACCGUAAUGAGAGUUUGCUACAGCUGCAUAACCAAUUUUGGUAGAAAUAAAAUUGUUUGUAUGGUUGUCUCAACACAGAUCUAAUGAUGUCUCACCAAUUUUAAAAUAAAUGGCAUAUUUUAUAUUUAUAUUAUACUGGUGUAUGCUACAAAAUAAAUAAUAAUUGUGA